GUCGUUGCCACAGCAUCAGCUGCUCCGGGCUGCAGAGUCGGAGUGGAAACAGAGCGCUCGUACUUGUUUGAAUCUGAUCCGAAUUAUUUUUUAACUUACCGAAUUUUUAAACGAUAUUAGUCUUUGUCUCUGAGGUGCGCGGACUGGCGCCAGUCAUGCUGUUUACAGCAGUUAUGGAAGUGUUUUCGUCGCGGGAAGAGAGAGGAGUUAUGAAUCGCGCAGUCCGGUGUUUUCUAUAGCUCACCGUCUCAUAGCGAUACAGCGGCGGCGGCUCGAGGAGGGCUUGUUGUUGUUUUCAGACUUGCUGGAUAUUUGAGUCACAAACCGACUGGAAAAACACUAAAUUCCCCUCAUUUUUUCGAAGCAGGAAGGCUGUAAUCUUAUUUUCUCCUUCUUAAGUGUUUUUUGAUGGUGAAGAAUGGAGACGGUGAUAGAAAAAGAGUGCAGUGCCCUCGGAGGGCUCUUUCAAACAAUCAUCGCUGACAUGAAGAGCAGUUAUCCAAUCUGGGAAGACUUCGUCAGCAAAGCGGGGAAAUUACAGUCUCAGCUUAGGACGACAGUGGUGGCUGUGGCUGCUUUCCUGGACGCCUUUCAGAAAGUGGCAGACCUGGCCACAAGCACGCGAGGUGGCACCAGAGACAUUGGCUCCGCGCUCACCAGAAUGUGCAUGAGACACAGAAGCAUCGAGGCCAAGCUGCGGCAGUUUUCAAUGGCGUUCAUCGAUUGCAUGAUCAAUCCUCUGCAAGAGCAGCUGGAGGACUGGAAGAGAGGAGCCAACUCCCUGGACAAGGACCAUGCGAAAGAAUACAAGAGGGCCAGACAAGAGAUCAAGAAGAAGUCCUCAGACACCCUGAAGCUGCAGAAGAAAGCGAAGAAAGCUGAUGCCCUGGGGCGAGGGGACAUCCAGCCGCAGUUGGACAGUGCUGUACAGGACGUGAAUGAUAAAUACCUGCUCCUGGAAGAGACUGAAAAGCAGGCAGUACGAAAAGCCCUGAUUGAGGAGAGAGCGCGCUUCUGCACCUUCGUUACAAUGCUCAGACCUGUGGUGGAUGAGGAGAUGUCCAUGCUUGGAGAGAUCAUCCAUCUGCAGACCAUUGCAGAUGACCUCAAAGCUCUGACCAUGGACCCCCACAAACUUCCUGCUGCAAGUGAACAGGUCAUCCACGAUCUAAAGGGUUCGGAUUAUAGCUGGUCUUACCAAACCCCUCCCUCCUCUCCAAGCACCACUAUGUCUAGGAAGUCCAGUAUGUGCAGCAGUCUGAACAGUGUGAACAGUAGUGACUCGCGCUCCAGUGGCUCGCACUCUCACUCCCCUUCCCCACACUAUCGCUACCGCAGCUCCACCCUGCCGCAGCAGGCCCCCGUCCGGCUCGCCAGCGUCUCCUCCCAUGACUCUGGCUUCGUGUCACAUGACGCCUUCCAGUCCAAGUCGCCUUCGCCCAUGCCCUCCGACUCCACCCCUCAGACUACCUCCAGCUCCGGCUCAUCGGACGCCUCAGAGACGUGUCAGUCGGUCAGCGAGUGCAGCUCUCCCACCUCCCUCGGCUCGGCCGGGGUCUCCGCCUCCUCUGAAAAGUUGUCUAAUGGCUAUGACCACUAUGGGCUUGGAGAGUCUGCUUACCUGUCCAGUGGGGUCUGUGGAGGGUCAUACCCCUUCCUUCCCCCUCCUUCCUCCUCCAUCUCCUCCUCAUCCUCCUCCUCUUCAUCCACUCUGAGGUCAUGGUCGAGGCCAGGCUCCGCCCACCUUCCCGAUUACCCCCAUUUCUGCACACUGGGCCCUGGCAUGCUCCCCCCCUCCUCAAAGAUACCCAGUUGGAAGGACUGGGCUAAGCCGGGACCGUAUGAUCAGCCCAUGGUGAACACACUGAGGAGGAAAAAGGAGCCAAAGGAGGCUGUAGAUUCAAACGGUUCUGUGCCCACGCUUCAGCCGAGUACAGCCGCCGCUCUCCCUGAGGACAGCCAGAAGACCAGGAGCAUGGCUGCCACACCAAAGGGUGAGGAUAUGGAGGCCCGUGAAGAGCUGGCUCUGGCCCUGUCUCGUGGACUGCAGUUGGACACUCAGCGGUCCAGCAGGGACUCGCUCCAGUGCUCCAGUGGCUACAGCACACAGACCACUACACCCUGCUGUUCUGAGGACACCAUUCCUUCUCAGGUGUCCGACUACGACUACUUCUCGGUAAGCGGUGAGCACGAGGCAGACCAGCAGGACUUCGACAAAUCCUCCACCAUCCCACGCAACAGCGACAUCAGCCAGUCCUACCGCAAGCUGUUCCAGGCAAAGCGCCCGGCCUCUACAGCAGGCCUCCCGUCUACACCCGGACCGGUCAUCGUCACACCCGGGGUGGCCACCAUCCGCCGAACCCCUUCCACCAAACCCUCAGCCCGCAGAGCGACAGGUGGCACCGGUCCCAUCCCAAUCAGAACACCUAUGAUUCCGGUAAUGACCCCCACUGUGCCUGAUCUUUCUGGGAGCUUCCCUCUUCCCAGCAGUGAAGAAGCGGAGGAGCCGGCCAGCCCGGGCUCUCCUAUGAUGGGAGAGGAUGGGGAGCAGGAGGGCAUCCUGCCUGUGGCCUCCUGGAGCGGUCAGGCCUCUACUAACCCUCCUCUGCCUCCAGGGCAGCAGAUCACUGCAGCUGGUAUUAUGGAGGGGCCUGAGGGAAUGCUAGAGGAGAUGGAUCUGGUGGACCAGCAGGGAGACACCAUGCUCUUGGCUAUCAAGCGUGGAGUUAGGCUGAAGAAGACCAUGACCAACGACCGCUCUGCACCACGCAUUGCAUAGAAGGAAGGGCUAUUCCGAGACUUUACUGAGGGCUAUUUAGAUUUGUUAAGACGUUAUAAAGCCUCGAUAGGGUUGAAGCUUGACCCGUAACCUGUAAGCUUCUAUUCCAGUGGAGAGAUUUGGACUCCCAGUUGGAUUGUGCUAGGAAGCACUGAUAAAAAAAAAAGUAUGGAUGGACAAAUAAGCAGAUGAGAGAAUUGGAACUCUCCAAAUGUAUACCCUGUGUUAAAAAAAAAUAGUAACCUUGGCCUCCUCUCUCCUAUCUUUCUCUUUCUUUCUCUAUCUCAGCCUUUCCAUUUUCAUCAUCCUAGGUGCCAAAUUUGAUUGGUUGGGUAUUAUCUCAAGACUGAACUAUGAACAUAACCCGAAUUAAUAUACUGUAGGAUCCAUAACAUAGCAUUUAUCAGUUAGAGUUAAAUCUUUUAUGCAAGAAUAGUUUAUAUAUUAUCUUAUUUGUAAGGGGAUUAUAAGGCGUUCCUUUGUUCAUUCAUCUGGUCCACACUGCUGUGCAGCAACUGACGUGAAGCCAAAUCAGUCUUCAUUAGCCUAGUGUUUCAAACUCUGUGGACCUCAUGGCUGGACCCAAUACAAUCACAGUCUAAGAUCUCCUACAGAAAGAAUGGCGACGGACUGGAGAAAGAAUGGUGAAAGAAGAUUUAAUGUUAAAGCCACUUUAUUUUCUUAUGUUCUGAGUUCUUAGGUGCAUAAUAUUUUAUGAAUGCAUGUCUUUAUUGCCACUGAUGGCUCAGCUUAUUAAUGUUGUGGCACUGUGUCUCAUAAGCUAAAAUCAUAACCCAUGUUUAAAGGCUUAAAUAGUUUCAUUUUACUAUUGGUAAUUUUUAUAUAAUAAUGCUUUCAGUGAUUAAAUCCCUGCUUUAAUAUAGUUCACUUUUAAGCACUAGCUAUGGGGGCUAAAGUAAAAAGUACUUUUAUUGUUUGUAUAGAAGUGUAAAUGAUGACGGGGUGACCAGUGACCCACAUGCUUUUAAUUUAUUCACCUGCUCAGCACUAUUCACCUGUUUUUAGAUCCAGUUCUUCCCCAUGUGUAUGCUGUGAAAUUUACCAUUACAUGUUGUGUAUAUAAUGUUAAUAAUACACUCUAGACAAAAAGCACACAAACACACACUUUGAGCCACAAUUUGUCUAACUGUUUUGUCUGUUGUUUGGUUAAAGGUUUGGUGCAAUGCAGAAACAGUUCAGAGGCAGCAGUGGGUAUAGAGCCUAGGAAGUCUGAUAGAGUUUGAUAACCUAGAAGGUAACCUGAAAAACCUGUUAAAAUGGCAAGAUCAUUGAGGAAAUGUGCAGGAACCUCUUAAAGUGCUUUAAGGAACUUUGAAAAAAUGUUUUUAAGGCACCUUAACUCAUUCUUCUCAAAUGUAGGGUAGAGCACAUAUUUAAGUCACUAAAAAUAACCUGAUUUUACCAUCUCUGUCAAUGUGCAGAGGUAUGCUAGGCUAAUUAGAUACACCAUAUAUUAUUGUCUUUGUUUAGCUCUCACCUAAACAUGACUCCACAUGUGUGAAUUGUUUUUGUCUGAUUUUUUUAAAGAGACCACUUUAGUUUCUGAAUCAGUUUCUCUGAUUUAGCUAUUUAUAGGUACAUAUUUGAGUAAAAAAGUAUUAUCGUUUAGAGCAUUUAUUUGCAGAAAAUGAGAAAUGGCUGAAAUAACAAAAAGAUACAGAGCUUUCAGACCUCAAAUAAUGCAAAGAAAACUAGUUAAUAUACGGAAAAAGAUUUAAGAGUUCAGAAAUCAAUAUUUGGUGGAAUACCCUGGUUUUUAAUCCACAGUUUUCAUGCAUCUUGGCAUGUUCUCCUCCACCAGUCUUACACACUGCUUUUGGAUAUCUUUAUGCCACUUCUGGUGCAAAAAAUUAAGCAGUUCAGCUUGGUUUGAUGGUUUGUGAUCAUCCAGCUUCCUCUUGAUUAUAUUCCAGAGUUUUUUUAUUUGGUAAAAUUAAAGAAACUCAUACAUUUUAAGUGGUCUCUUUUUUCCAGAGCUGUAUAUUUGGGUCUUCAAAAAGAUUUUUCUUAGACAGGAAUAAAAUAUUUCAAUGGAAAUCUCCAUAUUAAUAUGUAAGUGUAUUCCAAGACUAUGCUUAAUCCCUGUCUGAGGAAAAUUUCCUCAAGGAUCUUGUAAUUUUAACAGCAAGUCAAACACUUGAUAUAAGAAAGCCACAGGACAUUUAAAAGGAAUCCAGGUUGUUGCAUGUGUUGCUCACAAGUCUCAGGCAUCUCUGCUUAUGUGCCCUUAUUUUCCACCUCACUAAACCACUAAGAGAUUCCACUAUUCUGAUCAUAGUGGAGAGUUUAAGGUAUGGCAUACCAGUUAAAGUGUUCCUUGACCAGCUCUGCUGCAGUCAGCAUUACUCAUGCUUAUAUAAUAAUCCCCAGAAAAGCCACUCACAUGACCUGGUGUCCACACAAACUAGCACAUACUCAUAUAUGUGGGGAAUGUGUGUGGUGGCAUGUCCUCUUCCUUGUUCUCGUCCUAUCUCAUUUCAAAUGUCGGUACCUGUCUGUCCACCUGAACCACUGGGUGUGUAGUAUUUAAAUGUUUGGAUUGAGUUUGCUUCUUUUUUGGAUUUUGGGUUUAUUUAUGUGCAGAUCUGAUACAUUCUCCAUUCGCAUUAUGCAGCUAUAUGAUUGUUUUCUCUUUUAAUAAAACAGUUGUACAAAUUGUCAUCUAUGACUUACAUAAUUAAUCUUUCUUUUCUAAUUAUUUAAAAAUUGGUGCUGUUUAUUUGUUUUUUUUUUGUUUUUUUGUUUUUUGUAUUUCCCCUCAAAUGACCUGUGUGAUGCUUGCAUUAGCUUUAGAUUGGUCCGCUAGAAGGAAAAAACUAAUAUUUUAACAAAUAUUUAUUUUUAAUUUGAUUUAAUUUAAAGACUGCCUACUUAGAGACUUCAUAACACCUGCAUAAGCAUUGCACCACAUGCUUCAAAAUCAGCUGCUGAGUAUUAAUAAACAGCAUUAAAAUGAAUAAAUGACAUAAAAGUUAGCUUUCACAUGAUCAAAUAGUAUGAAAUAACAGGAACAACUGUUCACCAUAAUGUCACGCUACACCGUUAUAAUGAGAAUGUAUCCUGUCACGAUUAUUAUGUUAUACGCUUAUGUAAUAUAAUAUAAAGUAUGAGCAUAAUCCUAAUCAUUUUGACUAUUUGAUUAUCCAUUAGCAUAAAUGAGCUAUGUCAGUGUUCAACUGUUAAUUAUUUCCAAUACUAUUACAUUUUCUGCUGUAACUGCAUUUGUAUGCUGUUAUAUUUUUUAUUAAAUCAGUAAGACAAAAGAAAUUAAAUUAUAGUAAUAUAGCAAUAUCACUUAUCACAGUUAUUUCUAUUUAUAGGUAUAUGUUUGAGCAAAAUGAACAUUCUAUAAACUAUUCCAAAUGAAAAUAUUGUCAUUUAGAGCAUUUAUUUGCAGAAAAUGAGAAAUUACUGAAAUAACAAAAAAGAUGCAGAACUUUCCCACCUCAAAUAAUGCAAAUAACUUCAGUUUAGAAAUCAACAUUUAGUGGAAUAACCCUGUAUUUUAAUCACAGUUUUCAUGCAUCUUGGCACAUUUUCCUCCUCCAGUCUUACACACUGCUUUUGGAUAAAUUUAUGCCACUCCUGGUGCAAAAAUCCAAGCAGUUCAGUUUGGUUUGAUGGGUUGUGAUCAUCUAUCUUCCUCUUGAUUAUAUUUAAGAGGUUUUCAGUUUGGUAAAAUCAAAGAAACUUUUAUUAUUUUUAUUAUUUUCCAGAGCUGUAUAUACACAUACUGGAAGGAGCAUCCUUUGUAAAACAUAAAAACACUAGACAAUAUAAUGCUUUAGUUUAUAUAAUGCUUUAUAACAGUUUUAGUAACAGAAAAAUGUCACUUCAGUGUAAUGACCGUUACAUUGUCCACUACACCAAUAUCAUGUGACUAGAGACAUUAGCAGCUCAUAAAUAUACUUUUAUGUUAUUGAAUGCUUUUGCAUGUGUUGUGAAGUCUCUGGAUAUAGCGUUUAAAUUCAAAGUCUUACUAUUUAAUGUAAGUAUUGCAUUAAGUACAGUAUUGGCAAUUGAAACGGCAAACCCCUGUAGUUGUUGGUUGGUUUGCUGUAAGUUUAGAUGAAAGCUAUGAUCUGUAGGUAGAACAUAUUCAUCAGAACAGAUCAAAAUUGCUGUAGCUUGAGAGCAUGUUUCUCCAAGCCAUUAUUAAAAAACUGGAACGGUGCCUUCAGCACAGUGGCAGCACAGUUAUUUAUUCAGAUCUGAGUAAGAAUAAGUUAAGGGAAAAAAUAAGGAACAUAGUCAGAUCUUCUUCCCUCCUCUGUGGACCAAUCUGUGAAAUCUGAUCAGAAAGCAGGCGUGGAGUAUUGUAAAUUAACUUCUUUACAAUCUAGCGGAUGCUUCUGUGCAUAUGAUGCUAUGAACCGGUAUGUCGAUAAAGAGCCGUUUUGAUAUUGUCUGUGUAUAGACAGUUUUAUUUGUGUGUACAGCUAGACAACAUCUAGAUCACAUGCUUUAUAGCUGCCAAACUGCUCUCGCACUUCCUUUUUUUCUUUUUCAAAUUAAUAAGGAUGCCAUGGACCAUCCAGGACAUUGUUUGAAAUCUAGCUUACAGUAAGUAGUUUACACUGAGAGGUGGCCUCUUUCCCUGUGCUAUUACACCAACUUCUGUAUUGUUUUCCAUUAUAAUGAUUGCUUUAGCAUACAUUAAAGAGAAAUCAUAUUCA